GCUUCCCCUCGCUGCUUGUUUCGGAACGUCGUGAAUUUUCUAAUUUUGUAAGCAAAAUGCUUAAUUUUGCCGUGAGAUCCGGAACCGGGCUUGAAAUCUGGAAUAUUCAAAACAAAGAUGGAACAACCGCAUCUUCUCGACAAUUCAAGCCCUUUUUUAAAGAGGCAAAAUCUGCUCGUGCGAUGACAUGUUCUUCCAAUUUCUUCGCCUAUGGAAAUUCGGUCGACGGCGUCAAAGUUUAUAACUCGAAAAUGGAAUUGAAAUUUGUGGUGCCAAGGACGAAAGCAUACAUCAUCAAAUUUUCUCCCAAGGAAUCAUUUCUUAUCAUUUAUGAAAUUUUUGCGAGUAGCAAGGAAAAUUCCGACAAUCCCAACUUGUUUUUCUACGACACAUCGACAGGUGAAGAGAAAUGCAAUUUUGUUAUGAAGCGACACUCUGAGUGGGAGCCGUAUUUUGCGCAAGACGAGUCGUUCUUUGCCAUCAUGCUUAACAACGAGAUUUGUUUUUAUGAAAAUUUCGUGAAGACUUCUCAAAAAUUGAGCGGCAAAGUUGGAGGAUUUUCUGUUUCGCCUGGAGCAUCUCAUGUUGCUGUUUAUAUUCGAGGUGAAAAAGGAAGUCCAUCAAUGUGUCGACUCUUCAAGUACCCAAACAUAAACACGAAUCCCGUUUCUUCGAAAACCUUCGCUCAAGCUGAUAAAGUUGAAAUGAUAUGGAAUAAUAAAGGAACGGGAUGUUUAAUUAUGACAUCGAUGGAUGUUGAUAGUACAGGCGUUUCGUACUAUGGAAAGCAAGCUUUGCAUUUUCUAGCAACAAGUGGUGACUCGUAUUCAGUUCCUUUAAGUGCUGAAGGGCCAAUUCAUGCAGUUUCAUGGAGUCCAAAAUCAAAUCAAUUUAUUGUGGUUUAUGGCUACAUUCCGGCUAAAACAACGUUGUUUAAUUUUAAAUGUGACUCGGUAUUUGAUUUUGGAACUGGCAUCAGAAACUCGAUUUACUUCAAUGAUUUUGGUAAUUUGGUGCUUUUUGGGGGAUUUGGAAACUUGAAGGGUCAAAUUGAAGUUUGGGAUUUGAUAAAAAAGAAACAAGUUUCAAUGAGCUUAGCAACUGACACGACUCUUGUUCAAUGGGCACCGUCAGGAGACUUGUACUUCACUGCGACGACAGCGCCAAGACUUCGUCAAGGAAAUGGAUUCAAAAUCUGGCAUUAUUCUGGAGCUUUGCUUUUUGAAAUGAUGUGGCCAGAAAAGCAAGAACUUUUAGAGUUGAUGUGGCAGAAAAGUCCUGAAAACACAUUCAAGGAAAUGCCAAUCAAUUAUGACAAAGUCGAAGGAGUUCAAUCAGUUCAGAAGCAAGCUUCAGAUAAAAAAUAUGUGCCACCAAAUGUGCGUGCUUUUGGCGAAGAUUCAACUUCAUCAGGAGCACCAGCAGCUCAAGGACCAAUUCCAGGUUUACCUCCUGGCUACACCAGUUCUAAAAGUCAAUCUGCAUCCAAAGGACGAUACAAUCAACGAAGAAAGCCUCAAUCUUCAAACUCUGCUACUGAAGGUAAAACUGACAAAGACGAUGAUGACAGGAAGAAAUCGUCUGGCAUCAAGAAAAAGCUCAAAGACAUCAAAAUUCUAAAAGAAAAGUUGGAAAAAGGAGAGAAAUUGGAUAAAAAUCAACUGAACAAGAUUACAUUGGAAGCUGACCUGAACAAAGAACUUGCCGCCUUAAAACUCUCUUAAUUCAAUGAUUCAAAGUUCAACUUUUUGGUUUCAAUAAAAAAAGAAUUUUCAAAAUGCUUUCGUUACUAAAUUGAAUUGUUUUUUCUUUUUUUACGAACAUCGCGUUAGUCUAACCCCAAUUCCAUAUAAAAUUUUUUAAUCUAAUCCAAGGAAAUGUGAAAAUGAGAUCAAGCAACUUGACUCGUUUGAAGUCAAGUUCAUUAAUAUACCCAAGUCAAGUGAUCAAUCAAAUUUUUACAUGGGAACGUAAGCUUUGAGGAAGCAACCUGCCCUGAUAUGAAUGGAAACAUGAAAAUGGAU